AAAUCCUUAUGGUAGGGGGAGCCAUCUGCUUUUGGCUGCACAUGGUCAAGGGAGGGGGGUUCCUGAUGAGAUAUGAGUCAUCCGGAGUGGGGUGUCCGGCGCCUUGGGUCCAGAGUUGCAGAUCGUCAGGAAAACGCAGGUCGCGGGGAUCAGCAGAGAGAAGGGGGUGGUAAAGGGGGGAAAAAGCAAGGGGAAAAAAAGCCCCUGCGCAUUGAUCCGCGCCGUAUUUUUGGGUAAAUACGAUCACGUGGGGGCUGGGGAACCAAUGAGCUGCCGGGAAAAGGCUGGAAAAAUAAUUACCUGCCUUGAUUGUUCUGUGAGCAGAUAAAAAGUACAUAUACAGUUCAUACAAUAAUCUUAUGUAUGUAAAACCCUGUUACGAUGUCGGCGACGGGGCCCAUCAGUAACUAUUACGUGGACUCGCUCAUCUCUCACGACAAUGAAGACCUCCUAGCGUCCAGGUUUCCGGCCACCGGGGCUCACCCUGCCGCCGCCAGACCCAGCGGCUUGGUGCCGGACUGUAGCGAUUUUCCGUCCUGUAGCUUCGCGCCCAAGCCGGCCGUGUUCAGCACGUCGUGGGCGCCCGUGCCCUCGCAGUCGUCCGUGGUCUAUCACCCGUACGGCCCCCAGCCCCACCUCGGCGCCGACACGCGCUACAUGCGGACUUGGCUCGAGCCGCUGUCCGGCGCCGUCUCCUUCCCCAGCUUCCCGGCCGGGGGCCGUCACUAUGCCCUCAAGCCCGACGCCUACCCCGGGCGCCGCACGGACUGCGGCCCAGGCGACGGCCGCAGCUACCCGGACUACAUGUACGGCUCGCCCGGGGAGCUGCGCGACCGCGCCCCGCAGACGCUGCCCUCGCCCGAGGCGGACGCGCUGGCCGGCAGCAAGCACAAAGAGGAGAAGGCCGACCUGGACCCUAGCAACCCCGUGGCCAACUGGAUCCACGCCCGUUCCACAAGGAAGAAGCGCUGCCCCUACACCAAGUACCAGACGCUGGAACUGGAGAAGGAGUUUCUCUUCAAUAUGUAUUUAACCAGGGACCGACGAUACGAGGUGGCCCGUGUUCUCAAUCUCACUGAGCGGCAGGUCAAAAUCUGGUUUCAGAAUCGGAGGAUGAAGAUGAAAAAGAUGAAUAAAGAGAAAACCGACAAGGAGCAAUCCUAAGCUCUGCCCCAGCCUGCUGCCUCGGCACAGCCAAGGAAACACAAAAACCCCACAAAAAUGCCCCAUCCCAGGCGGGAGAAAGCACGAAAAGAAAAGGGAAGAGCAAGAUAGAGAAAAGUCCAUCGUCUUAAAAAGAAAAACAGGAAGGGAAAAUCAAACUCUUGCGAUGUGGGAGGGUUAAGUGUUGAGAAAUUGGUGUUUAGAGUUAGUUCUAUCCAGCAAGGAGGAGGCAGGAGAAACCGCGUUCUCUUCCCCCCAGCGCAACUGAAAUAAAUGACACACACAAAUGUGA